UCCCAACUAACCUCUCCGCCUAGCUACCUUCUUCUUCCAUCUCUCACUGACUCACUUUGCCUGCUUAAAGAAAUUAUUUUUUCAAGAAAAUCUGAAUCUUUAGCUGAUAUAUAUAUAUAUAACACGUGUAUAUAUAUAUAUGUGUGUGUGUAUAGCCAACGCAUUGCGACUGCGACUUGACUGGAAUAUUUAUGUGUAUAUAUAAUAUAUAGUAAUUUAGAGCGUUGGAGUUGUAUAGGUGGAGUGAAUUUGGUGAUAUAAGAGUGGGGAAGAUGCCGCCGGCGGGGUUCAGGGCACCUCUGUUGCCGACGACAGUAGUGCAGCCACCGGCCGCGGUGGUGCCGGAGGCGGUAGCCAAGGACGCCAUCAUUGCGUGGUUCAGGGGGGAGUUUGCGGCGGCCAACGCCAUUAUUGACGCCCUCUGCAGCCACCUGGCGCAGAUGGAGGGCGGCGGCGGCGGCGGCGGCGGGUGCGAGUACGAGUCCCUGUUCACCGCCGUCCACCGCCGGAGGUUUAACUGGAUCCCGAUCCUCCAGAUGCAGAAGUACUUCUCCAUUGCUGACGUCACGCUCGAGCUCCAGAAAGUCGCCGCCAGAAGGGCUAAGGAGAGAGAGGCGGCGGCCGCGGCCGCCGAACAGAGCGUGUCUGAAGCCGACGAGUCUUCUGGGGAGAAGGUGACGGUUCCGGCGGCUCCUGCGGAGGAAUACGGCGAGAUCAGUUGCGAAAAUGGCGGAGAUGACGCAGCAGAUUCCAUUAAAGAAGACUCACAUGAUGCACCUGAAAGUGAGAUCAUCGAUACAGGAUCUCAAGAAGUGCGCCCUUCACCAGAGUGCGUCGGGUUCUGCUCUAGCCCCGAGGACUGUGAGGCACACCGGGCUCAGAUCAAGAUGAGAAAGGGGUUUUCAGCGAGGGAGCCGGUCAAAGGGCAUAUGGUAAAUGUUGUCAGAGGUCUGAAGUUGUAUGAGGAUAUGUUUUCUUCGACUGAAGUUUCUGAGUUAAAUGAGUUUGUGAAUGAACUCCGAGUUGCUGGCCAAAACGGAGAACUCUCAGGUGAAACUUUUGUUCUGUAUAACCAGCAACUGAAGGGCAACAAACGAGAGAUGAUUCAACUCGGUGCCCCAAUUUUCGGCCACGUAGAAGACAAUCCUACAUGUCAGAAGAUUGAGGCUAUUCCAGCUCUGCUUGAAGGUGUCAUCAGUCGCUUGAUUCAGUGCCAUUUGAUUUCAGAGAAUCGGAGACCAAAUGGCUGCAUCAUUAACUUCUUCGACGAGGGGGAGUAUUCGCAACCUUUCUUGAAGCCGCCUCAUUUGGACCAACCUGUCUCUACCCUUCUCUUAUCUGAAUCAACAAUGGCGUUUGGUCGAGCUCUUGUCAAUAACAGUGAUGGGAACUAUAGAGGAUCACUCAUGCUUCCCUUGAAGGAAGGGUCGCUUUUAGUGAUGAGGGGAAACAGUGCUGAUACAGCAAGGCAUGCUAUGUGCUCGUCGCCUAACAAAAGAGUAAGCGUUACAUUCUUCAAAGUCCGGGCUGCACAGAUCGAAAACAGCUUAUCAGCAGCAGUUCCGCCUUUCACCCGAGCCAUGACCUUAUGGAAACCCGGUGUCCCCUCAGCUCCAAAUGGAAACACUGGCUACGAAACAAUGCCCAGUUGGGGUGUUCUUCGGGCUCCACUCGUUAUGUUGGCGCCUGUACGCCCGAUAGUCCUGAGGCCUCGAAAGGCUCCUCGUGCUGGUACUGGGGUGUUCUUUCCUUGGAAAGUUGGAUCCAAGAAACCCGUUAAGCAACUCCCUCCACGUGCCCAGAAAGCUCGGCUCCUGGGACUGCCUUCCUCAGGCGAAACACGUAAAGUAGACACCCCCGACGAAGAUCUUGAUGGGGAACAAGUCUAAGUUUCCUUAGUUUGGUAUAGGAUGUUCAUCCAACUGUACAAUGAAAUCUGGUAAUCUGGUGUUGAGGAAAGAGUCUCUGCUUCUUUGCUAUCUAGUUUUUGGUUUCUUUCUUCCCUAGGCAUUACAAACAGUUGUGCUUUUUAAGUUAAAAGUGAAUUUUGUAUUAAAUUUCAUUUUUUUUUUCUUGUCC